AUGACGCAGCCUGUCGAGGAGUCCAUCCUCCCGAACAGCUCUGAUGAUGCGAUGGUGAUUCCACUGCAUGACAAGCUGGUCGCUGUCCAUGCAAACACUGACGAUGCUACAGUGAUCCCUGUGUCCGAGAGGCUUGUCAAUCUGCUGCUUCCAAAGAUGGGUGAGUCUGCGGAGGAGCAGCAACAGUUGCAGUGUCCAGCGUGCGAGUUUCAGGCAAGCUACGCGCAGCACCUGCAAGAGCACCUGCUGAGUUCGCACUCGGACGCUAUCGUGCGAUGUCGUCGCUGCCCCUUUGUCUGUUUGUCUCGCGACGUGCUCGUUACCCACUACCGAACGUUGCACCCACGCUGCAUCUGCCCCUACUGUGACCACAUUGGUGAGCAGGCGUAUGCCAUCCGGCGCCACGUGGCACGGCACACACAGCCGGGUGCUUGCAUCUGCCCUGUGUGCAACAAGCAUUACAAGGACCCGUACAUCCUCAAGAUGCACGUCAAGAUGGUGCACAUGCCGGCCGAAGUGCUGUUCGAGUGCUCCCUGUGUGGAAAGAAGUUCAACCGCAAAGCCCAUCUCAAGCGACACGCCCGCACGCACGACCCCAACAAGCCACUGAAGUGUCCCCUCUGCGAUUACAGACAUCACCAAGCACAUGCUUAUCCACGAGGAACCGAAGCACGUGUGCAACAUCUGCAACCGCUCGUUCGGCACGCCAAGAACAAAGAGCUGCACCUGAAGCGACACAAGGGCCAGAAGGACUACAAGUGCGGCGUGUGCGACUUCUAUGGCUACACGUUCACCGACAUCCGCAAGCACAUUGAGAGGCGUCAUGCCGACCCACACACAAUCCUCUGCCACCGGUGCGGCCAGGCCUUCAAGAGCCAAGCCCUGCUCAAGGAGCACCAAAUGAGUGCCCAGUGCGAGGUGUACCUGAUCGAACAAGAGCUGACGGAAUACGAAGAGACGGCCACGGAAUGCUUGCUGGGCACGGCUGAGGAGUCAGAGCCAACUGAGGAAACUCUGGAAGAGACGUAUGCGGAGGAAGAGGCACAGCUGCUGGAGCUGCCUGGCAAUCAGUAUGCUGCCGUCACAACUGCUGCAGAUGAAACUGAGGCUACAGCUGAGGUGCCCGACCACAAGACACACAUUGCUGAGGUGCAAGAUGCCAGCCAUCUGCUCGCCUAAUCCAGAAUCUUAUCACACUUUCUACCAAGCAAUGCCCUACAUGUGGACAAGCCUGGGUUUGCAUAGUGAAGUCAUCUGUGUAUAUGUAUAUAUAUAUAUGUGUGUGUGUGUGUGUGCAGAAUGGGCAGAGGGCAGCUGCUAGGCACAGUCACUGAAGAACUGAAGGGUGAUUAAUUGUGUGCAGAUGCAGUGCCAAUUCAAUGCUCUCGUCAGGAAGUGUGCAUUCAAGCUAACUGUGACAUACGGACUUGUGACACCUGCAAUUGACUGGAUGUUUAUCAUGUGCAUUCCAAAUGCGUGUGCAAUGAUCUAAGCACUACCUGUACAAAGUAUUAUGAAUCGAAAAUGAUCCGACACAGUUAAACAGUUUUAUUUUCUUCUUGAUUCAAUUUUCUUACAGCUGCAAGCAUGCAGUUGUUUUCUAACAUGAUAGUCAGCAAUUCUCUGCAUAAGUUGGAGCUCAUUGACAAGCAUAGAUAGAACAGUUGAAAAAUAUCUUACAGUCGAUCACUCUACAAUAGACACAUGAAAACAGCAGUCUGCCAGAACUGUUUGAUUUUGAGGGAGAAUAGUUAGAUCGUUGGAAGUUUAGCAAACAAAAUAAAGUGCCUAAGAACAA